ACUCUGAGACCGGACAGCUGAGCUGAACAGGCUGAGUUUAGGGUUUGAUGGCGGCGGACUCGGACCCCCGCAGUGACCCGUUUCCGGUCUCCGGGGUGCUGGUCGCAGUGCUCUCCAGUCUCAUCAGUGGAUCCACCUUCGUGCUGCAGAAGAAGGGGAUUUUACGCUCGCGAGACAGAGGAGGCUCGUACCUCACAGAUGUGGUUUGGUGGUGCGGCACACUGACCAUGAUUGUUGGUCAAAUUGGGAAUUUCCUGGCGUACAACGUGGCCCCCGCUGUGAUCGUUACACCUCUGGGAGCCCUCGGAGUGUUGUUUGGGGCCGUGUUGGCGUCCUGGAUCCUGAAGGAGCAUCUGAACGUCGUGGGGAAGCUCGGCUGUGUGUUGUGCUGCUGUGGCUCCGUGGUUCUCAUCAUCCACGCCCCUAAAGCCGGAGCUGUGACCUCCAGACUGGAGUUAGAGGAGAGGCUGUCAGACCCAGUGUUUGUGGCGUACGCCCUCCUGGUGGUCCUGCUGCUGGUGGUUCUGAUCCUGUGGAUCGCUCCAGCUCACGGUUCUUCCAACAUCCUGGUGUACGUGUCCAUAUGUUCUCUCCUGGGCAGCUUCACGGUUCCCAGCAGCAAAGGCCUCGGCCUGGUGGCUCCGGACGUGUUCGGGUCGGAGCCGGACAGCAGAGCUCUGCCUCUCUUCUUCGGUUUACUGGCCACGCUGGCCGUCAGCAUCCUCAUCCAGUUCUUCUUCAUCAACAAAGCCCUGGAGAGCUUCAGCUCCAACGUGUUCGAGGCCGUGUACUACGUGGCGUUCACGUCCAGCGUGAUCCUGUCCUCCGCUCUGCUCUUUAAGGAGUGGACGGCGCUGACCGUGACCGACGGCUUGGCGAUGCUCUGCAGUCUGACCACCGUGAGCGUGGGCGUGGUUUUACUGCGCAUCUCUCAGGAGGCCUCCAUCACCUGGGGGAGGAAGAGGAAGACGGACUGAUGAAGACGACUUCAUGUCUUAUCACAACGUUUUAUACUUGAACACGAGUUUAAAUGACCAAACAGAGUAUUUAAUACUAGUUUUGAGCUUCAGGCAUUCUUUAUGGUUUUUUUAUUUCUAUAUUGGUGCAAAGGGCAUUACACAAAACAGAGGUAUACUGACAUACAAUACUAAUAGGAAUAAUAAUAAUAACUGUAAUAACUUUAUUUAUAUUGCAUCUUUAAAAACAGAGUUUACAAAGUGCUGUGACACACAAAGCUAAAGCGUGGCAAUAAAACAGCAGAACAAUAGAUGAAUCGAUCAAUACGAUGAGAACAAACUAUGAAAUAACUAAAUGAAAGAAACGUAUUUUUACUAAAGUUAUAUAUAAUAUAAUAAAAUCAGUAAAGCGAGGACAUCACAUUAAAGCUAUUGUGUAAAGAUGGGUUUUGAGAAUUGAUUUAAAAUAAAUUACUUGAAAGAAAGAAACAAAAGAAAGGAGACAGAACAAACUAAAGUAAAACAAUAAAUAACAUUAUUAUUGUGAUUAUAAAUAUGCAAACUAUUUACUUAAGGUGGUUAUGUGCGGCACACGUGUGUGUGUAUUAGUGUGUUUAUAUUUGUAACUGAUAAAGACA